AUGUCUUCUCAUUGUUGGUAAAUGUAUUAAUAAAACGUCCAAAUUUUUUUUUUGUUUUUUUUUUUACUUUGUUCAUUUCAGGACGAAUUACUACUUAGUGUAUUUCAAACAAAUUUCUCGUUUCUUGAAGAUGCCGUUCUAUGCUGUAAUAUUUAAGACGAAGAAAGUCGGGUCAAUAGCUGAUAAUUGGUAACAAAUAUUUAUAUAUAUUAAGGUGGUCCUUAUUUUUCGCUUGUGAUUUUUUUCAGGUUACCUCCCCUAAAAAAGUUCGAUUACUAAAAAAAACGCUACAAAAAAAGUUUCAGGCAAAUUCAUUAAUAUUAACCCGUGCCACAACAGCUCUAAAUUUACAAAACUAGAAAAUUUUCAAUAUUAUCAAUUUUUUAAAUUUUGUUUUAAUAUAACUCUAGGAAAAAAAUGUGUUAAAAUAUAAAUGAUAAGAACACUACAUUUUCUACAAUUUGUUUCAUACAUAAUAUUUUGCAAAUAUAUUAUUUACAAGGUAAAAACAAGAAUAAUUUUAAACAUUUUAAUAUUUAAGGCAACUUAAAAUACAACUAAUAAUUAUUUAUAAUAACAUUGUUACCUAAUUAUUUUAUCUGUAAUAUAUUUUAAUUAAAAAUGAUAAAACCAAAUUAUUGUGAUAGUGCAGUAAGUGUUUCUUUUUUGUGGUCAGGAUAUUCAGGACUUCAAAACUUGUUUGUUUGAUGGUAAUUUACUACUAACAAUUUGAUUUGUACUAUAUCCAAUUAAAAAAAAUAUAUUUCGAUACUAUUCCCUAUUAUAUUUGUCUAUUUACAUAUCUAUUAAUGUAAUAAUAUUAUUACAUUUGUUAGUUCAGAUUUUGUAAUUAAAAUUUUAAAGUUUUUAAGGUUGUUUUACCUCUAUUUGUUCAUAUUUGUUGUUUAGGUUAUAGGGUUCAUUACAAGUUUAAUUUUUGUUUGAAUUUAUAUACAUAAAAGUCUUAAAAUACUAACUCUUUAUUAUAAUUGGAUUUUUAGGGAUACAGCUCGCACAUUAAAGGAUGGCAUUCCUAAUUCAUAUGCAAAAAAAUUUCUAACAAAAUCAGAAGCAGAAAAUUAUAUAAAAGAAUUAAGUUUUAAAGUCUUAGAAGACAAUGAUAGAAAAGGUAUAAAAAGAAAACAAAUUGAGAUUCCAUUAAGUCCAAUUGUUUCAUUAAUAAAUGAACAUAUCACAAAGGUAUUUUCUAUUUUGUAAUUUAUAAAUUUAAAUAGAUAUUAAAUUUCAAAAAUUAUUUUUUUAAUUUUUUUUGUAGGCAAAAACGGCAUUUAAUGAUUUGCAUUUGUUGGUGACAUCUAUAUCAGAUAUACCACCAGCCCAUAAAGGACAAUUAAAGGUUUUGAUUGAGGAAGUUUUUGAUAAAGUUGAUGCUUUAUUAAAUAUAGAUAAAAGUAAUAAAAUCGAACCAUUAGAUGUCAUUACCACAAAGUAUGUUUGAUGUUUAUUAAAAAUUAAUUUUGUAUUGUAUAAAUCAAAAUUGAAAUUAAGUUUCAGUAAAACCCCGAAAUCAGUUUACACUCAAAUUUAUUAGUAAAAACUAGGGACAUCUAAUAGCAUUUUUAUCUUUACCAGCUUUACACAAUUUUUUAAAAUAUAAAACCUCUUUAUUAAUAGGCUCUAUUAUUUAUUUAACCUUUACAUUUUUUUUUUAAAGAUUUACAAUAUAUUUAACAUGUAAUAUAAAUACCUAAACAUUAAAAUACAACUAAGUAUAAAGUAUAUUUUUAAAUACAAUUAACAGUUUAUUUAAUCAGAGAAAGCAAUUAUUAAAUGUAGAUCAAAAUAUUUGUCUUCAAAGGUAUAUCUAAUAUAUUUAUCAUACUUACAAAAUCAUUUAUAUUUGUUUAUCAUUUUGUAACUACUUUUAACUGAUUUUGAUUUUAUGAUGAAUUAACUUAAUAUAUGAUGUAUUGUAUAAGUACUUGUAUAGGCAAAAUAUAUAAUUCAGCCAUUUUCUAUAAUGCCCAAACAUUGUAUGUAAUCCUCAUAGGUUGUUUGGUAAUAUAGGAUUUAUCUGUAAUAUACUAAUACACAUGAAUAGUGUGACAACUUCUCAGAGUAAUAUGUCAUAUUUUGUGAUCAAAAUUCUUAUCAAGUAUGAUUUGAUCAAUACAUAUAAUAAUGUACAAAUAAUUGUUGUGUAAUUUUACAUUUAAAGUGCUAAGAUAUUAAUUUGAAUACUGAAAACCUCAUUUGAGUAAUUUGUAUUAAUUAAUGACUAUCAAGUGAGUGCCUAUUUAAUGGGCUUAUUUAAUUAUUUGGAUGUAAAUGUUCAAAUUAUUACUGAUAAAAAGAAAAUGACAGCCAAUAUUCAUGCGUAUAAUUUGUUUUGUUACUGAUAAAAUGUUUUUGUUUAAACUAUUUUUUAAUUUCUUUUUUUAAAAAGAAACAUAGUAACACAUUACAACUUUAAAAAAAUUUUCACAGCAUAGAAUUGGAGGGAUUGAAAAAAAUUGGUCUAAAUGUCAAUUAAAAGACGUAAACAGCAUUCAGUGAAACGUAAUAGGACGUAAUUGUCAUUGUUGGCAGUUACAUCAAUUUAUAAUUUAAUUUAGUAUUUUUGAGAGUACUGAAAAAAUAAUAAGUGGUGUAUAAUAAUAUUAUAAUUAUGAACAAUUAAUUCAUACAAAAAGUAUAUAAACUAUUAUGUCUCUUAUUAAAUCUCAAAAUAAUCCGUGAUUUGAUGUUCUAAAGUUGUAAUACAAUUUAUUUAGUUUUUUGACACUUAUAUCCAUCUUAUCUUAUAACCAUCGAUAUAUUAGUAUUUUAUAUGAUGCUUGGAUAUUAUAGAAAGUAUCUAAAGUGUAUACUUUACAUACUUAAAAUGUAAUUUAUUUCAUUGGCACAACCUAUUAAAUUGUUUAGCCUGUUUUAAAAAUAUUAUUUUUUAGUUGUGCUGAUAUUAAAGAUUGUUCUACUACUUCAAUUAAAGUUGACGAUGUAGUUAAUCCUAAAGAUGCUAACUUGAAACAAUCUGAAAUAGCAAGAGCAAGUAAUUAUAAUCAUUCUUGAACAUAAAAUAUUAUUUUUUAAUUCCUUACUACUUAUAAAUAAUAAUUUAAUUUUCUAAAGUCUUCUGAAAACAAAUUGUGAAUAUUAUUUAAACAAAUAUUUACUGUACACAUGGUUAAUACAUUUAUAUUACUAAACAGAGUAAUCAACAUAACAUAAGACACUUAUUAUUUUGAAAAAAAAAAUUUUUCAAAACAUUUAUAAAAAAAUAUCUCUAAAAUUUUACAUUACUUUUUUUUAAAAAAUCAAACAGGUAGUAUUUAUAUCCAUAAAAGAAGAGUGAACAAAAAAACAAGAGUAAUAUAACAUCUUAAAGAUCCUUAUUUCUUAAAUGUUUUAAUAAACAAAAUCUGAAAAAAGUUAAUAUUUUCUGAGAUAAUGAGUGCCAUGCAUUAUGUUGAUGACCUUGUAUUGCUAUAAUAAUUUAAACAAAUUAUUAUUUAUUAUAAAUAGAUUUUCAUUAAAAUAUUAUUAAAUUAAAUUGUAUUUUUAAUAGUUAAUUAUCAAUUUUAGAAGAUAUGUUUAACUUUAAUAAAAAAAACGAGGUAAUUGUUUAUACCGAUGGUGCCUGUCUUAGUAAUGGUUUUGCAGAAGCAGCUGGCGGUUUAGGUGUAUGGUUUGGCCCAAAUAAUCCCCUGUAAGUAAUUUUUUUUUCUUUUUAAUCAAUAAUUGUUAUACACAUUAUAGUUUUGAAAAUAACUGUAUUAGAAAUUUAUCAGAAAAAUUAUCAGGAUUACAGACCAAUAACCAUGCUGAAAUACAUUGCACCAUUAGAGCAAUUGAACGGGUUAAAUUAACUGGUAAUAUUUGUGUAAUAUGUAUGAAUUAUAAUUGACAAAACAAAUGUAUGUUUAGGGAUUAAAAGAAUAAAUAUACAUACAGAUUCAGAAUAUGUUAUAAAUUGUGUAACUAAGUGGGUGCCUAUAUGGGAAAAAAAUGGAUGGAAAACCACUGCACGUAAACCAGUGAAAAAUAUAGACAUAUUAAAAUUAUUACAAAAAAAAAUUAACUCUAUGGAUUCUGUUUCCUGGGUAAAUAUAAUUUAUAAAAAUAAAAUACUCUAUUUUUAAAUGUUGGUAAUUAUCAAUUUUAUUAUUUUAGGUUCAUGUUUCUGGUCAUACAGGAAUUACUGGUAACGAAGAGGCUGAUAAGUUAGCCAAAGCAGGCGCCAUUAUUAAAUAA